GAUGUCUGGCAGACAUCUAAAUGUAUAUCAACCACGUCUUGUGCAUGGCCAUGUCUUUUGUCUGUGCUAAUCCUGUAUUGGAAGGCCUUAUGCGUUUGACGGUGCGAUGAGGACUGAUGAAUCCUGUAUUGGAGGACACUGAAAUUAACUUACAUGUUUUUUCCUCCCCCAGAUGGCUGAGAACAAUCUCAGUAAUAUUGUUUCUCAACAAGCAAGACUUGUUAAAAGAAAAGGUGCGGGCUGGCAAGUCCAAGAUUGAGGACUAUUUCCCGGACUUUGCUCGUUACAGAACUCCUCCAGAUGCCACGGCAGAGCCUGGGGACGAGGAAUCAGUGACAAGAGCUAAAUAUUUUAUUCGUGAUGAAUUCCUUCGAAUCAGCACAGCCAGCGGAGAUGGUAAACACUACUGUUAUCCACAUUUCACAUGCGCAGUAGAUACGGAGAACAUUCGACGGGUAUUCAAUGACUGCCGAGAUAUAAUCCAGCGAAUGCACCUCCGCCAGUAUGAACUUCUGUGAUGGGUUCCCUCUUCUCCCUCCCCAACUUUUCAUCCAGCCUUCUGAACAGCCCUUACCAAGGCUGCCUGCCAUGUGCUGUUAUAUGACACAAACAUUCAGCUGUUUUAUUCCGAUAUGGGACGGGGGAUAGAUAACAAAGGGGCGUCGGCCCAGCCAUGAAAUUAUGUCAGAUACCAGCCUUGUAAAGUAGUGUACAAAAUGCCGUGGAAUAAUGUAGCAUUUAGUUUCCUGUGGUUUUUCACAGGACUUUGUCAGUCAGUUAGCUGUAAUGUUCUGGGCCGAGAAAAGGAGAAUUUUGUUGGGGGUGGGGGACGGGGGAUUUGCGCGUGGUCUGUCUCCACAUUGAGUUCCUUGAUUCUUGUUCUUCUGUCAAACUAAAACCAUUAUCCUUAAAGUUGAAUUUCUUAUCACAAGUUCCCCUGUCUUUCGGAGUUGGGAACUUGAGCACUAAAAUUUGCUAGUUCUUGAAAAUAUCAGAAGUGUGCAGGCAAAGAAAAAGUGUUUUUAAGGUUGUUGACAGACUUAGUGUAUAAAAAAAAAAUGUUCUUUUGUUGUCCCUAAGAACAAACCAUGGCAGCACAUGCUGAGGAAAUUUCAGUCUUCUUUUUUAAAGACGUGUGAAACUCUUAAAAUCUUCUCUCUUAUCCGUGGUAUCCGGUACUUAAGUAAAUUAAAGAAAUACCUCAAAUUAAGUAGCUAUUUGUUAUUCUGGAAUGAAUGCAACAAAGUCUUCUUUCAUGUUCUUGUUAUAAGAAGCCAGUGGCAUUUCAUUGCAGUGAACCGGGUAACCACGCCUUUUCUUUGUUUGCAGACAUCUCUAUAAUAUCACUAUCAAAUCUGAAUAUUGCCCUUUUCAAGUGUGAAUAAGUACAUAUAAUAAUUUAGAUUUAUAUUAUGAACAUGGAAAGGCUUUUUAACUCACCCUUAUUGGUCAAGGAAAACUAUAGUAUAGGUGGCCUGAGUGUAACGUGACUGUAAUUGUAAUAUUUGCCUCCGCCACAGUUCUGAAGUCCCCGAUUUCCAUGUUUCGUUGAUUGAAAACUAUUCCGUUGCUUCUAGUUGAGAAAGCAGAAGCGAAGAAAGAUAAAAAGAGAGAGAGAGACAAGUUAUUUAGGCCGGGGGAGUUUUUUUAAAAAGGAACCUGUCUCUAUUUGCUCGUGAUUAUCAUGAUGCUGUACAGUAAAUGUGUUAGCCCGUUACUUGGUGUUUCUUGGUGUUGUGCCCGUCAAAGAAAUGUAUGUAGAUUAGUUCAUGUAGAUUUAAUUAGGUGAUAGAGAAGCUCUGCCCCUUUUCCCUUCUAAUCAUCGUUUUCUCUCCCCCCAAGAACUUGUUUUGUUCAGAAAUUAGCUUGCAGAAAUAUGCUGCAACCUUCAACAUAUUGUAUAUUGACCCGAAAAAAAGAAACACAGAUCUUAAUUUUUUUUGUGACAUGCAAGGUUGUAUGUGCUAUGUCAAUCCAUGUCAGUGUGUUUGUUUCUCUGUUUGUUUGUUUGUUUGUUUAUUUGUAUGUAUGAUUUAGUCUGCCUUGGUAGAUUCUAGUGCUAUUCCAGAAUGCGAACAAAAGAAAACCCUUGGAUCUGCUUUCAGAAGUAUGACCAAAACUUCCCAAAUCAGUGAUUAAGACAGUUGAUAUCAGAGUAACUAUGUAGAAGAGCUUUAAGCCGGAGCUGUCAUAUUAAGUUUUAUGUCAAAAUAAACUAUUACUCAAUAGUUCGUGUACAGUC